AGUGGAGGAGGAGGAGGAGGCGGAGGAGCAGCGCGAUGGGCGCCUGACGCCCGGCCCGUCCCGCCGCCGAGGGACGAUGGCGCGGCCCCGCGGCGGGCGGUGGCUGCUGGGUGUCCUGCUGGCCCUGUGCCGCCUCGCCGCGCCGCUCGCCAAGAGCCUGGAGCCGGUGUCGUGGAGCUCCGCGAACCCCAAGUUCAUGACUGGGAAGGGGCUGGUCAUCUACCCGGAGAUUGGGGAUAAACUGGACAUUAUCUGCCCCAAGGCGGAGCCGUCCAAGCCUUACGAAUACUACAAGCUGUACCUGGUGAGGAAGGAGCAGGCGGAUGCCUGCAGCACCGUCAUGGACCCCAACGUGCUGGUGACGUGCAACCGGCCCGAGCAGGAGAUCCGCUUCACCAUCAAGUUCCAGGAGUUCAGCCCCAACUACAUGGGCCUGGAGUUCAAGCGGCAGCAGGAUUACUUCAUCACAUCCACUUCCAAUGGGACGCUGGAUGGCCUGGAGAACCGGGAAGGAGGGGUCUGCCAGACGCGCUCCAUGAAGAUUGUCAUGAAAGUGGGGCAGGAUCCGAACGCGGUGAUCCCAGAGCAGCUGACGACGAGUCGGCCGAGCAAGGAGUCGGACGACACGCUGAAGGUCGUCACGCAGAGCCCGCGCAGCAAGAUCCCGGCGGUGGAGGAGCCCGGCAAGCCGGGCUCUGUCAACCAGGAUGGCCAGGAGACCCAAGGUCCCAGCGACGGCUUCCUGAGCUCCAAGGUGGCUGUGUUCGCGGCCAUCGGCGCCGGCUGCGUCAUCUUCAUCCUCAUCAUCAUCUUCCUCGUCGUGCUCCUGAUCAAGAUCCGCAAGCGGCACCGGAAGCACACGCAGCAGCGAGCCGCAGCCUUGUCCCUCAGCACCUUGGCCAGCCCGAAAUGCAGCGGGAACGCGGGCUCGGAGCCCAGCGACAUCAUCAUCCCCUUACGGACUACAGAGAACAACUACUGCCCGCACUACGAGAAGGUGAGCGGGGACUACGGGCACCCCGUCUACAUCGUGCAGGAGAUGCCCCCGCAGAGCCCAGCCAACAUUUACUACAAGGUGUGAGGAGCAGCCUGGGAACGGCCGAUGCAGGAGCGCGGGAGCGCCGGGCGCGGGGGCCCCCCGUCCCGGGCUGGCGCCGGAGGGAGGAAGCGACACGACCCCCCGGCACGGCGGGCAGCGCCGGGGCUGCGCCGGGGAGCGGAUGGCUCACGCUCACGCGCUGAUUCUCCCCUUUGUAUUUAGUUUUGUAGUUCUCAGCUUUUGUAAUCCCGAGACUCGAGGGUGAGCCUUCAGCCUCCUCCUCUUCUUCUCCAGACUGUGGCCGGCCGUGGGGGCGGGCGCCGUGCCUUUCCGUGCUCGGGACACCGCUGGUAAACCCGGAGACUCCACCUCCCCUUUUCGUUCUGGGAUUUUCCCUCCGUCCUUGCUGAAGUGCCCGUGUGCCGGUGCCAUGGGGGUCCGGGAGCCUGGAGCGACGCCGGGGCCGUGUCCGAGGAGCAGCAAGCGGCCGUGGGGGGAUGAGGAGGAGGAGGAGGAAGCUUUGCCACGGUGCCAAGAUGCAGACAACUGUGCAGGGAGGAAGCUGGCAAACCCGAUUUACUACUACUACUAUUAUUAUUAUUAUAAUUAUUUUAAUUUUUUUGUAACAUUUUUAUUUUUGUGAAUUCCGGGCGGGACUCUGGCCCGCCGCCUUCGGGCACACGCCAUCACCUCCUUCCAGCACGCCGGCCCCGGGGCACGUCCCGCUCCCACCACCACCCCUGGAAACCUUUGUGUUCAUAGCUGUUGACUCUUGUUUUAGUCUCUUUAUAAAAAGAAAGAAAGAAAAAAAAAUUCUACCUACACCCUGUCUCAAGCAUUCAGUGCAUGAGGGGCCGGGGCUCCUCCUGCCCCGUGCGGAGCAGCUGUGGCCCUGCAGCUCCUCCCGACCCCUCCGGAGCAUCCCGCUGUGGAGAAAAGCCUUUGGGUUUCCAUUGGGCUGGAGCUGAGCCUGCUGGAAGCAAAGUAGGGGGUGGCAGGGGAUAGCUGCAGAACCCCCAGGCUGGGUAUGCUGUGGGAGGUUGUCCUUGGAAAGGAAAACUGGAAAACAAACAUUCCCGACCCGCAGCUCGUGCCGGGGGUAUCAGGAGGAGGCCGGCGCUUGGGGCUGGAAGCCCCCGAGGAGGCUGGAGUACCAGGCUUGGCUUGGUUGGGAGCUGAGCCAAAGGCUUUUCCAUGCCCCUUGGUAAGACCUGCUUUGGGGACCAGCCUCUGCCACACCUGUCCCCCCACCCUGCUCCUGGCACAGGAGCAUCCUUGUCCUGCCACCUCCUGGGGGUCCCACAGCCUGGAGUCCCCUGCCCUUGCCUUGCCCAUCUCCUGCCCAACACUGGACGGGGUUGAGCUUUUCUGGUGGGAUCAUUCCCUGCUUCCUCUUCCUGGGAGGACCUGCUGGCACUGUGGCUGAUGCCAGCAGGCAUGGUGGAGCUGGCAGUGCCCUGUCACCCACCUGUCCUCUGGCUGUCCCCCCUUCCUCCCUUUCUUUUCCUUCCAGCAGUAGCUGCUUUUGCUCAGGGAGCAGGAGCGGGGCUGGCUGGGCUGCUCUGCCCGGGCUGUUCCCGCCUGUCCCCAGGGCCCCCAGUCCCGCCUUAGGAAGUGCCCAAAGAGCGAGGGAGCUGCUCUGCUAAAGUGCCUUGACGAGGAGCGGGCAGGGGCGGGGGGCAGAGCAGGGACGGGGGGCCCAGUGGCUCGGGGUGUCCCGGUGACUCGGGGGUUCUGGUGGCUCGGGUGCUGCGUGGGGGUUUGGCCCCCAGCAGGAUGGGAGCAUCCCGGGGUGUCACAUGGUUGGGUUUGGGGUGUUCUAAGGCAGGAAUUCGGGCUGGAGCAGAGCAGGGUGUCCCAGCUCUCCUGCCCUCAGCAUCCCGAGGUGAUUUGGUUUCCAGGGCCCCAAACCAGCUGCUUCCCUAGGGAGGGAUGAGCUGCAGUGGGUGCUCCUCCCUGCCCUACCCCUUUCCCUGCUCCCCCUGUCCCACCACUGCUUUUCCCCGUGUAGCACCUUCCGUCCCUCUCUCCAUGGCAUCCGUGCCAGUGCUGCCCCCCGGCCCGGGAGCCAUCCCCACCAGGACACCCCAUUCAUUCCCUGCUGGGGGAUGGGAUCUGCUCUUGGAAAUCCCAGAAAAUGGUGUCUUAAAAAAUCCCCCUUUCCUUCUCCCAUCUGCCAAACCUUGGCCUGUGGUUCCCAAAGCAGCAGAGCCCUGGCUGGGCGGUGUUGGCAGCAGUGACAGUGGCAGUGGAAUCCCUUGGGAGCAGUGGCUGGAGUGGAGGGGCAGGAAAGGGACAAUGUAGUUUUGGUUUGAUUUUGGAGAUGAUGGGACGGAAUCUGGCCACAGGUUGUACCAAAAGUGAUCUGACAGUGCUGGUGGCUUCCCACAGUGGCUGUCCCCAACUGAAGUCCCCAUCGGUCCAGCUCCUGCUGGAAACAGCUGGAAAACCUUGUAAAUAUGUGAAGAAAGGGUGAAAUCAGAACUCUCAGUUUUUGUUGAGCACCUCAGGCUGCUGGGUCCUGGAUUGGAGUGUGUCCCUCGGGUUCUUUUCAUGGAAAGUAUUGAAGUUUGGUUGAUUUUUUUCUUUUUGUUUUCCCCUUUUUUUUUAAUUUUUUUUUUUAAUUUUAUUUUUUUUUGUUUCCCCCCUGUUUUGUUUGUGUAAAUACUAGUCUUUUUUGGAAGAAAUAAUGUAAAGAUGUUUUGUAUAAACUCCGAAUUAUUUUCUGGUUGCUUUUUCUUAGAAAAACAAAUGAGAACUUAAAAAAAAAAAAAAAGAAAAAAAAAAGAAAUUUUAACCACAAGAACGGGUGUAAAACAUUGUCAUAGUGCUCAGCUCCGGAGCCCACGGGCUGUGCUGGUGUGGGGGCUGUGCCCUCAGUAUAAUGCAGCAUUGGAUGGGCUCCAAGCAGAGAGUGAGACUGGGAGUCUGGGAUUCUAUUCUAUUGAUCCUAGCCCAGGCCUGGCUCAUUCCCAGUGAGUUUCUGGCUGUCCUGGUUCUGGACAGAGCUUUGAGCUCUGACCUGGGCACGGGCAGAGACUCGGUGACACGGUGACCUAAAGGAGCAGUGAAUUUAUCUCCUUAUUUAUCUUUAACCAAAAAAACCCAACCUGGGGGUGCAGAACUCAGUGCACCAUCCUGAGAUCCUGCUCUGCUUUUCCAGACCUGUGGAGCUGCUCCUGGUGCCGAUUCCUUUCCCAGCUAUCCCUGUUUUCCAUCUGCCAACUACCAGCACACCAUAUCCCCGUCUCUGCUUGGUGCCCGGGCUGGGUUGUUCCUCCUCAGCCAGGCCCACCUUGGGUCUCUGCCCUCAGGGAGGUGGCCGUGCCCACCAGAGCCACCUCUGGUGUCACCGGCAUUCCUGGCACUUCCCUGUGGGCAGCCAGAAGCAGCUGGGAGCUCCCAGUCCUCCCAGUGGCUCACAGGAGCUGGACUGGCAAUCUGCAUUGUAUUGAUGGAGGGGUCCUUGGAGGAUCCAGAGGCACUGGAGCAGGGAUGGACAUCCCUCCCUCCAUCCCAGCAGUGCCUCACACCAGCACAUCCACACCACGCUCCCACAUUUCAGAGCUGUGACCACGUCCACAUCCCACAGCGUCACAUCCGUCCCGUGUCCCGAGGGGGUCUGUCCCCACAAUCAACCACCGCGGGGCUGCUGCCGCCCAGCCCUGUGCCACGGCCCCGCCGGAGCAUCCGGGCUGCCGGAUUGCCUGUCCAUCCUCCACUGCCACGAGCCGGGAGCUGGAUGUGCACUUGGAGCCCGGAUGCGGCCGGUCCCGGCUGGGGCACACGGGAUGGGGCUUUGGUCACACGGGAACGGUUUGGGAUGCCGGGCAUGGAGGGAACGAGGCCCUUCUGUGCCAGCACCUCCUCAGGGAGCGGCUGCUCCCAGACAGGGGCACAUCCCGGAUCAGGCCUCGGCACCCCCGCGCUGGUUGAUCCUCCUGGGCUCCCGGUGGGGCCCCGGAGGGGCCGGGAUCCCCUCGGCCGCGCUCCCCGGCACCGCAGAUUUUCUUUCUUCGUGUCAUGUUCCUCGGUUUGAUUCCUUUCACCUUCUCCCAGCUCUCCCGCCCAGUAGCAUAUCAUCGGCAUCGGUAACCAGCUCUGUGGCAGCUGAACUCCAUGGAGCCGUGAUGGAACCUGAUAUAUUGUUAAAUAAAAGGGUUUUUUUCCUAUGGAA